AUGCGGAGCCCGGCAUCCGUGCCGUGGCAUGCCGUGGCCGGCAUGUUGGCGCUAUUUCUGGCCGCCGGCGCAAUUUUCUCCGGCGAGAGCCUGGCUAGCGCAGCUGAGGCGUGCUGCGACGAUCCCAAACCUGCGGAGGCCUCGGCCCAGUUCGAGCCGCGGGAGGGGCCGGACGGCAUCCAAGGGGAAGGCAACUGGCGGUCCAUCAGGCUGUUCGUCCGGACGCUGGUGGCCACCCUCCUUCUCAUGGUCUUCACAAUGAUGGUCAUUGCGGAGAUCAGGAGGCCAGGCAUCCUUUCGAGUUUUUAUUGGAAGCUAGUCAGGAGGGAGCAGCGCGGUGGAUGGAAAGGGAAGUACUCCAGGAAAGGCUAUUCAGGCAUCAACCUGCAUGCGCCUGCCGACAGCCACAAAAGGAAAGAGCUCCGCCCCAAGUCGGAGAGCGCCUGGAGGCGAAAUCCUCCAGGCGCACCUAUUUUGAACAUAGAAAACGCUGCCGCCCUUGUGGGCGGAUGGCAGAGCCGCGGCAGGCGCGGGGCCGUCAGAGAGGGCGUGUGGUUCGACAAGGACGGAUGCGCUUGGAAGGUGGCCAUCAAAUCUCCAAUAGACACAAAGGACAAGGCAUGCGUGGAGGCAAUAAACAAGGAGUGCAGCGCGCUGACCGCCAUGCCGCACCAUCCAAACAUUGUGUGGGUGGUCGGCGGCCGCAUUGGGGACGAUCCCAUGAUCGUUGAGGAGCUGAUGCCCAUGAAUCUCGCGCGCCUUUUGUCUGAGUCUGGGUCCGACCUGACCUACCACGACAUCCUGAAGAUUGGUCUGGACAUUGCGAGGGGCAUGUGUCACCUGCACGAACAUGGUUACGCCCACAUCGACAUGACACCCUCGAGCAUACUGCUGGACGAGGACCGCAACGCAAUGUUGGCAGGGUUUUCGGACACAAGGUACAGCAGCGCCUCGACCUUUCACACCGCCUCGGAUGGCAGCCAGGGGCACACGGUGCCAGAGUGCCUCCCAGGAAAUGAAAAAGGAAAUACAGAGCCAAUGGCGCACCGACUCGAUGCCGAGAAGGCCGACACUUACAGUCUUGGUAAGCUGUUGUCGAAGUGCGUUACAGCGAGUUUGGGUGUGGACGAAGCUGAUGCGGAGAGGCUGUGCCCCUCCUCACUGUGGGACUUCAUCUGUUGGUGCGUUCGGCCGCGUCCGCAGGAUCGUCCUGGGUGUCACCAAGUCAUGGAAGAGCUCAGCGGCAUGUUGGGAGAGAACAGGAGUGACGCUGACGAUUGGAGGGCGAGAAGGCUAAGGGCGCAUAUCUUGCGUGCUUCUCGGUGA